AUGGCUGAUAUUCUACAACGUGGGCGAGCUAGUCAUGAGUUAAUAGACAAACUAGAAGAUUAUGCGGAUUGGGUGAGGUUUAAUUGUUGUAUUAUUCGUGCGAAACAAUCGCUGUACUUGGCUUUAAUCAGGAAAACCCGGCGAUACUUGCCCCACUUCUCCCGAUUGUGCCUUGUUUCCACCUUCAUCGAAGAUGGCUUCCGCCUAACAACUCAAUGGUCCGAGCAAAUUGAUUACAUCAAGGCGGUUUGGCACUCUCCGGUAUUUCUGGCCGGACUGUUUAUCCUUAUAAACAUAAUCACACAAUUUGCUGGCAGUGGUCUAGUACUCAGUCGGUUCCAUGUUAAUAUUGGAGUUUUCAUCCUGAUGGCAACAGUUGUUCUGCAGACAAUCGGAUACCAUGUAUGGACUUACGUGUUCCUCAUACGUAAUCUGUCGCUCAUCGGGAGUUUACUCUUAUUACUGGCAGAGGCCCAACAGGAAGCCAGGAGUAUCCUGGCUGGUCUUCCUUCCUCCGGUGAUAAUGCACCCAGACAGUAUUUGCUGUUGGGUGGCCGUAUACUUAUUAUUCUCAUGUUUGUGACGUUAAUUCACCUUGGUGGAAGUAUCCUGUAUCUGCUACAAGUGAGUUGUGUCACAAUUGUUUACUGCGUAUCCGUUAAUGCACACCUUAUGCUUAUCACAAGGGAUCUUUUACUGUUUGCAAUGUCGGAGGUGAAAUCAUAA